GGAGGGCCCGUGCAGUCUGCCGAGUUCGCGCUCGAGGCGGGACCCUCAGCCACAGCCGUGCUGUUCGCGGAACUGCGCGACGGCUCCAGCCAUGGGAGAGCCGGCGACCAAGAAGGCCAAGACCGAGCGCACCUUCCUGUUUUCGUCUGAGUCCGUGAACGAGGGCCACCCGGACAAACUCUGCGAUCAGGUCUCCGAUGCCGUGCUGGAUUGCUGCCUGGCGGGGGAUCCCAAGAGCAAAGUCGCCUGCGAGACCGCCACCAAGGACAACAUGGUCAUGGUAGCGGGUGAGAUCACCACCCAGACGGCGAUCGAUUACGAGAAGGUCGUCCGCGGGGUGGUAAAGAAAAUCGGUUUCGACACCUACGUGGAUGACCUGUCCAGCGUGGACAGCAAGGGGCUGAGCGACACCACGUGCGAGGUCCUGGUGCGUAUCAACAAGCAGAGCCCCGACAUCGCGGGGGGCGUGCACGUCGGCAAGGAUGACAUGGACGUCGGCGCGGGCGACCAGGGGAUUAUGUUCGGCUAUGCCACCGACGAGACCGAGGACGCCAUGCCGCUGACCCACUCGGUCGCGACCAAGCUCGGCAGCGGGGAACUUUGAGAAGUAUUUUCUGUAUUCGAAUAUGCACGCGCAUGGAUAAUGACGAGACAGCGUAACUCAAAACAAUGACACGAAACAA